AUUCUAUUUCUACUAGCAGUAGCUACGCCCAUCAGGAGAAUUUAGUCUGUUGCCUUGAAAUUUCUGUUGGUGGAAUCCUCCUUCAGCUCACGUCCUUGAAGCCCUAGCCUGUUACGAUGGAGGCCUUUGCCACGCCGUACCCCAUUUUCUUUCACGAUGGAGAGAAGGACGUGGACAAGGGAGUUGUUGGAAUUCAUUCCUGUUUAAGUUUCAAGCGGUUCCAGUCCAUGGCUGGACAGAAGGCCGGUCUUCCUCCAGCUACUCUAUCCACGGUGCUUGUUUGUAGGAAGUCUUCCGGAAACACCGAGAAGAAGCAGAAGCUUCCUAUUAACGAGCAUACGAAUUUCAGCAUUAUCCUGAACCAGCAUAAUCCAAGUCGCGAGAGGGAUUGCCAUUUUCUGGUGUCGUUGAAGAAGUCGAAGAAGGAAAGACGAGCAGCGAAGAAGAAGGUUGCAGAGCCAGAGCUCGUCGAAGCGGAGGGGUCUGUCGCAGCUUCCAGUACUCCAUCUUCACCCAAGAGCGUGGACGAUGUCUCCCUAUUCAAGGAUAAGUCGGACUCUAGCUCGUCCGAUGAUGAGGCACCUGAUACUCGUCCCGGAGGACAUCUGAAGCAGAUCACUACUUGUGACAAUGAUUUUCCAAAGAAUGAGGCCACGCAAGCAACAGUGGAACUAUCUCAACCACCGGUUUCGGCAUGGAAGACGGGGUCAGCGCUGAAGAUUUUGAAGGGUCAAGAAGCGAUUCGGCCUGUAGCAGGUCAAGAGGCGUCGAAGACUGCAGCGGUUCAAGCUGAAGCUGUUAGGAGUAUAGGUGUUGCUGCCGGUGACAUGGACGUUAGAGCUGUUACUAUUCCUGGGAAAACGCAUCCAUCUGUCACGGCACUGACGUCCCAUGCAGGUUCGCCUGGCUUACCUGUUACGGUUCUGAACAAGUCAGCUGAUCAUCACAUGCGGUCUUCUCAUCAAGGUCAACCUAUGUUGGAUGGUCUGGCAGAUGCAAGGACUGGACAUCCUGUGGCUAGAGUGGUCCCACCAGGUGACAAGUUCACAGCGAGUACCUUGGCCUCUGCAAAACCGGCAGCCUCUGCUGUGGUUGACGCACACUCUUUGCAGCCUUCACUUGCAGUUCCUGGUGGUGGUUUUUCACUGUUCGGGCCGGAUUUAAGCAGCGUUGCUUUUGGCAACAUGCUUCACAACGCCAUGGCAAUGGACCUGAGAUUCGGCAUGAGGAGGUGGUGCAAGUUUUGUUCUUUCUGCCAGGAGCGUCGCAUCGUGUCGGUGCCGUUUCACUGGUGUGUGGAUGAUCAAGUGGUGACUGGGUUCAAAGGCCCUUCACCAGCAGGACCUAUUGGAAGACGACACAUGACUUGCAGGAUGGGAGUGAUGGCCUAGGUUGUUCCAGGCGUUAUGCUGUACAUUUGGGAUCAUUGGCAUUGGCAGUGCAUGCAUUCUUGGACAUUGUCAACACGACAUUUAUCUAAGGUACCGGAAUGUCACGUCUAUUUGGCAUAGUACGGAUG